AUGAUUUCAGAGUCCUCCAAGGGUGAAGUAGUCACUACUACAGUCCCUCCGUCUCCGUCCAACGAGCUCAAUCGCGAUGACCCGGACGUACUCAAACACAAUGCUGCCCUGGAGAAGAAACUGAUGCGGAAGAUCGACUGGUGGCUAGUCGGCUUUUACUCUAUAGUGUAUAUUUUCCGAGUCAUCGACUCCAGCAACUAUGCCAAUGCAGCGAUCAUCAACCUCGAAAAUGGCACUGGGAUCAAGAAGGAGCUGAACUUCAGCCCCAACGAGUGGUCAUGGACUCAAUCAAUCUUUUCCUACAGUUACCUCUUCUUCGAGCCACCGAACACGAUCCUGCUCAAGAAAUUCAGACCCUCAGUCUGGAUGUUCAUCCUCAUCUUAUCCUGGGGCAUCUGCGCGUGCUCGGCGGGCGCAGCGCAGAAUUUUGCAGGGAUGAUGGUCGUGCGGUUUGCGAUCGGUCUUGCGGAAGCAGGCUUCUACCCUGCUGUGCUCUACCACAUGGCCUUCUGGUACAAGCCGAGCGAGAUGCCGAUGCGAAUCUCUUUCUUCUAUGCGGUGGGCCAGCUGUCCAGCGCCCUGAGUGGCCUGCUGGCAUACGCCAUCAGUUUCAUGGACGGACUCAGCGGCCUCUCGGGAUGGCGGUGGCUGUUUAUUCUGGAAGGCCUGCCAGCUAUCGUCUUAGCUUGGGUCGCACUGUUCUGGCUGCCUGACUAUCCCGAGACGGCUCGCAUGUUGACGGAGGAAGAGCGGAAGUACUUGCAUGGUCGACUUGCUGACACGGCUCCUUCUGGGAAAGACGAGAACUGGAGCUGGGCUGCGAUCAAGGAGCUUGCGCAGAGUCCUACCGUUUGGACGUUCUGCGUCUUCUGGAUUGGACACGGCAUUGGUGGCUUCGGUGUUACGUAUGCCUUGCCAACCGUCAUUUAUGACUUGGGGUUCACUUCUACAGCGAACUCUCAGCUGAUGAAUAUUCCUCCUUACGUCGCUUGCUUCCUGUUCCUGAACGCUAUCGGCUAUAUGCUACACCAGAAAUGGAUCCGACCAUGGACAACGGCUGUUGCGAUUGAAUUCACAACAAUAGUCUGUUACAUCAUUCUCAUUACCGUGGCAAACCCCACGGUCAAAUACAUCGCCCUGAUCGUGGCCACCUCCUGCGCCGGCUCUGCUUACCCGGUCAUCUGGCCGGAGCGCAUCCGUGCCUGGAAGGCACCGUGGCUUCUGAAUCGGAACGCGCAGCCGGAAGCGCCUAAAAUGAGUAUGUGA